CACCCUCUACUCAGUGGUCUGCUCUACCCUGGACUACAGGUAAUAACAUGGUUAUAACACAUUAUAACACCCUCUACUCAGUGGUCUGCUCUACCCUGGACUGCAGGUAAUAACAUGGUUAUAACACAUUAUAACACCCUCUACUCAGUGGUCUGCUCUACCCUGGACUGCAGGUAAUAACAUGGUUAUAACACAUUAUAACACCCUCUACUCAGUGGUCUGCUCUACCCUGGACUACAGGUAAUAACAUGGUUAUAACACAUUAUAACACCCUCUACUCAGUGGUCUGCUCUACCCUGGACUACAGGUAAUAACAUGGUUAUAACACAUUAUAACACCCUCUACUCAGUGGUCUGCUCUACCCUGGACUACAGGUAAUACCAUGGUUAUAACACAUUAUAACACCCUCUACUCAGUGGUCUGCUCUACCCUGGACUACAGGUAUACCAUGGUUAUAACACAUUAUAACACCCUCUACUCAGUGGUCUGCUCUACCCUGGACUACAGGUAAUAACAUGGUUAUAACACAUUAUAACACCCUCUACUCAGUGGUCUGCUCUACCCUGGACUACAGGUAAUAACAUGGUUAUAACACAUUAUAACACCCUCUACUCAGUGGUCUGCUCUACCCUGGACUACAGGUAAUAACAUGGUUAUAACACAUUAUAACACCCUCUACUCAGUGGUCUGCUCUACCCUGGACUACAGGUAAUAACAUGGUUAUAACACAUUAUAACACCCUCUACUCAGUGGUCUGCUCUACCCUGGACUACAGGUAUAACAUGGUUAUAACACCACCUCUACUCAGUGGUCUGCUCUACCCUGGACUACGAUCAGGUUUAUUUAUACAGGUUUAAUAAUAUAACGUUUGUACCCCUUUGCCCCUUCUAGGCUCUAGAUGAGGAGUACUGAAAUAGAUGCCCAGUUUGAAGGAGUCGAUCAGAGAAUCUUACCCUGCUGAAGGUCCCUGAGCCUCUACCUGUUGUUACUACUGGCUGAAAAGUACCCUGAGCCUCUGACUGUUGUUACUAAUGGCUGAGAAGGUACCCUGAGCCUCUACCUGUUGUUACUACUGGCUGAGAAGGUACCCUGAGCCUUCUGACCUGUUGUUACUACUGGCUGAAGGACCUGAGCCUUCUGACUUUGUUACUACUGCUGAAAGGUACCCUGGCCUUCGACCUGUUGUUUACUACUGGCUGAGAAGGUACCCUGAGCCUUCUACCUUGUACUACUGGUGAGAAGUACCCUGAGCUUCUGACCUGUUGUUACUACUGGCUGAGAAGGUACCCUGAGCCUUCUGACCUUUGUUACUACUGGCUGAGAAGGUACCUGACCUUCUGACCUGUUGUACUAUGGCUGAGAAGGUACCCUGAGCCUUCUGACCUGUUGUUACUACUGGCUGAGAAGGUACCCUGAGCCUUCUGACCUGUUGUUACUACUGGCUGAGAAGGUACCCUGGACCUUCUGACCUGUUGUUACUACUGGCUGAGAAGGUACCCUGAGCCUUCUGACCUGUUGUUACUACUGGCUGAGAAGGUACCCUGAGCCUUCUGACCUGUUGUUACUACUGGCUGAGAAGGUACCCUGAGCCUUCUGACCUGUUGUUACUACUGGCUGAGAAGGUACCCUGAGCCUUCUGACCUGUUGUUACUACUGGCUGAGAAGGUACCCUGAGCCUUCUGACCUGUUGUUACUACUGGCUGAGAAGGUACCCUGAGCCUUUUGACCUGUUCUUGCACUGUCAGCACUGUCCUCUUGUAGAGAAAGCUGUUUUUAGAUUAAAUUAAUGAAUUGUGCAACUGGGAAAUUAAGAAAUUACUGUGAUGGUUUUGUAUAAUGUAUGAGUUCUGAAAAUCCCUCUCUCACUCCUCUCUGUCUGUCUGUCUGUCUGUCUGUCUGUCUGUCUGUCUGUCUGUCUGUCUGUCUGUCUGUCUGUCUGUCUGUCUGUCUCUCCAUCCCUCCAGUACCUGCCCUCUCUGGGUUAUGCUAAGCGUUCCCAUCUGAUGAACCCCAUGGUACCAGGACUGACUGGCGCCAAGAUGAGCUCUUCAGAGGAGGUGAGUGGCCCUGUCACAAUAUUUUUAUGAUUAUAAUGCAUCCCUUCCUUCCUUCCUUCCUCUUCUUUUGGAGAUAAUUAUUUUGAGCAAUCCCAAACUGACACAGCCCUGGGUUGUAUUCAUUAGGACAGAUAGUAGCAAAACGUUUUGCAGCAGAAAAUGAAAAUAAACGUUUCUUAUUGGACAGGUUCAGGUAGUUCUUCCCUGUUUGUCUGUUUUCUUCCGGUUGGUACCUAAUGAACGUGGCCCUGUGUGUUUCCUGUUGACCUCUGCAGGAGUCUAAAAUUGACCUCCUGGACAGGAAGGAGGAUGUCAAGAAGAAGCUGAAGAAGGCUUUCUGUGAGCCGGGCAACAUCGAGAACAACGGAGUCCUCUCCUUCGUUAAACAUGUCCUCUUCCCACUCAUAGGAGGUAAGUAAGCCCCUCUCUCCUUUUCUGUUCUCUUCCCCCUCUCUUCCCCCUCUCUUCUCCUUCAUCAAAAGCAUGUCCUCUUCCCCCUGGUCGGAGGUGAGUUGGUCUCUACCUCCUUUUACUCCUCUUCUGUCCUCCUUUCUUCAUCUCUCCUCCUCUUCCCUCUGUUCUCUUCCGUUUAGCCCUUAUCUCUGGAUACUCCCUGUAGGAGCCGUUUUGGCCUGAUUAUAUGUUGUGUAUAUGUUGUCUGACAUUGAUUCGCCUUGAUUUGGUCUUAUGUAACAGAAUUUGAAAUUGUGUUUUUUACAUUGGAUAAAAGUAUCAAACACUGCAGUUGAGGAACAAUGUGAAAAUAAUUCUGCUUUGAAAGUUGAUAAACUUGUAACUCCACUUUUUGAGAAAAUGUCCCUUGAAUGUUUUGGUCCACGUACUGGAGAGCUCUUCUUUGUCUCCACCCAUUCAGCAUCGUUCACGCCCUCUUAAGCCUUAGCCCCACCCAUCUCUUUACGGAUUCACAUGUGAGGCCAUGUGGUAAACACACACUAUAUCAAAUAAAAAUCUAUGUUUAUUUGUCACAUGCACAGGAUACAGAAGGUGUAAACGGUACACUGAAAUGGUUACUUGCAUAGUAGCAAUAUCAAAAACAGAAAGUGUCCAGAUAAAAAUAUCUUAUAAUUAUUAGAUGACGCUUGCCCGACACACUUUGUCUAAAUUGAUGGAUCAUGUGAAAGAAAUGCUGUAACCACUCCCCCAGCCACAUCUAGCUAAGUGGACGGGUCACUAUUGUCUAGACAUGGACACAAUGUUCAUGAAAUACAAUAGAUGACCGUAAUCACCCCCAGACACACCUGGCUAACUAGACGGGUCAUGUGAUCAUCCGGCCGAAGUGGAAUCUUUUGUUUACACUUCUAGCUAGCUAAACAAUGAACCGGCAUAAUUCCAACUCAUACUACUAUCACCAAUACAUUUACAUUGUCAUUGCUGUAGUAUGAAUCUGCAGGUAGCUAAAGCUAACAAACUAGGUUCAAUGUUAGCUAGCAAACAUUGGGCUAUAACUAGCAAUGCAAAUGCAUUUCUGAUUUGAAUAAUAUUACUACACAGAUCAUACACGUAACGUUAGCUAGCGAGCAGGCAAGCUAACGUUAGCUAGCUAACUAACAGUACGCUUUAACUUGCAAUAAAAACAACUUUCUGACAAAAUUAGAAACGUAUAUCUGAAAAUGUAGCAAGACUCUUACCCGUAUACAUGGAUGAACGCUUUACGGCAGACUGGAACCAUUUAACUCAGUUUUGUUUGUAGCUACAUCUUGUUUGGCCAGCAUUGUGUCAAGUCACUCCGGUUCUCACUGACCUUGGCAUGUGCAGAAAGUAGCCCAUCACUUUUUCCAGCUGAUCUGUCGAUAGCACCUGCUAAACUCAGGGCAUCAAUGUUGUUGAGAAAAGUAGCAAAACAUUUGUAGUUCUCGAUGGCUAACGUUAUAUCUUUCAAAACCGCGUGGUAGAAAAGACUAUCAACACAUACUGACCAGCUCACGUUAUAGACAGAAGCACGCUACAUGGCAGACCAAUCCAAACUCAUCUCCCGGCAUGUCCAGCCCAUCCAUUAUCUCGACCAAUCAUGGCUAGUGGGAAGGUUCCUGUCUUUUUCCGUGGCUAAACAAACUAGGCUCAUAAUUUAACAAUUGUAUUCGUAUUUAUGGAUGGAAUACAAGUUUGUUAUUAAGGCACAUGAAAGUUCACAUGUUCCAGAAGGCAUUUCUGCCAAAAAAAACACAUUUUGAUCAAAAAAUUAAUAUUUACGUACAAAUGGCUCUCCUGUGAAGUGGUGACGUGCGACAUACGCCUAGUUUCCUGAAACUAGUCACAUUUUAACUUGUUUUGUACACUAGAGGGCACGAUAUGUUGGGGUCAGGGGUCAUGGGUCACGUGUGUAUAUAGGUAGCACAGGUGACCAGGAAGGGUUAGCACAGGUCAGAGAGGGCAUACAGUUAUUACCUUAUCACAGGUACAGCUCAUAGAAUGCAUCUCUCUGCACUUUUUGUAUAGACGUGUGUCACGGAUUUAGCCGAGGCUGCUCCUCCUCCUUGCUCGGGCAGGCUUCGGCGUUCGUCGUCCCCGGAGUACUAGCUGCCACCGAUCUAGGUUUCAGCAAUCAUCUAGAUUGGUCUGCUUUGUGUACACCUGUUUCCCAUUAGUGUUGAUGGAUUCCCUUUAUAUACCCCUGUCUGUCAUUCGUUUGUUGUGUGUGAUUGUUCUCCGUUUGUUUUCGGCAGGACUGUGUAUUGCGAUUAUUGUCCCUCCCUGGUUUUGGAGGUUUUGUUGUUUUGUACUUUUCAUUACGUUUAUUAGUAAAGUACAUCUGCCAGUCUCUCGGUGUCCUGCGCUUGACUUCGUUCACCGCAUACACGUUUAUCCUGACAACGUGUGUAUUGUAGCUAUUAUUCUAUGAGCAAUAAAUGGGAACUUCACCCGAAAAGAGUAACGUUUGGAAAGCUGAUUCUUGUGGACGCGUUAUGGAAGGCUCUCUCUCCUGUGCCAGUGGCUUUUCAUAGGUAAUCGCUAUUACACUCCCCCUACAGUCCUCCUCCUCCCCCUACAGUCCUCCUCCUCCCCCUACAGUCCUCCUCCUCCCCCUACAGUCCUCCUCCUCCCCCUACAGUCCUCCUCCUCCCCCUACAGUCCUCCUCCUCCCCCUACAGUCCUCCUGUGCCAGGCACCGGCCAGAGUCAGCAGGUCUGUGUUGCAUCUCUUUCAGAGUUCUCCAUUAAAAGAGACCCCAAGUUCGGAGGAGACAAAACCUACACAGACUUUGAGGAGGUGGAGAAAGAAUUUGGCGAAGAGGUACAUAUAUGGUCAUGAUGUAUGACCACUGUUGUUGGCCCAUCAUGCAUUUGGUUUGACCUCUAACCUCUGACCUCUAGCUGAUCCAUCCUGGUGACCUGAAGGCGGGCGUGGAGGUGGCCCUCAACAAGCUGCUGGACCCAAUCAGGAAGAAGUUUGAAUCUCCAGAGCUCCGUGAACUCUCCAACACGGCCUAUCCAGACCCAUCAAAGAACAGUCAGUAGAACCUACUGUUACCAACCGCUCAUCACCGUAAACCUCAAGGCUUCCUAAAGUAGACCUAUAGGAGACUGUUCCUCCAGAACCUUGACCCUUGACCCUUGACCCUGUGUGUCUCUAUGUCUCCCUGUCAGAAGGAGCAGGGAAGGGGAACUCUAAAGCAGCAGAAGGGGAUGAGCUGGUUCCCUCCAGAUUGGACAUCAGGGUGGGCAAGGUCCUCAGUGUGGAGAAGGUACUCGUUCAUUCUUUGAUUUAUCUUUAUUUAAACCAGGAAAUCCCUUUUAAGAGAAAUGGACUUCAUGUAUUUCCUUCUCUUCACUGAUUGGUCUUGCUCUCUCUCUCUGUCCCUGCCUUCCUCAGCAUCCUGAUGCUGAUUCGCUGUACCUGGAGAAGAUUGACGUUGGGGAGGCAGAGCCAAGGACAGUGGUGAGCGGCCUGGUGGCCUACGUUUCCCAGGAGGCCUUGCAGGAUCGGCUGGUGUUGUUGCUAUGCAACCUGAAGCCCCAGAAGAUGAGGGGGGUGGAGUCCCAAGCCAUGCUGCUCUGUGCCUCCAUGUGAGUCUUUCCUUCCUUUUCUCCUCUUUUCUUACUUCUGCUCCUUCUUUUCCCACCAGUCUCCUCUCUCUCUCUCUCUCUCUCUCUCUCUCUCUCUCUCUCUCUCUCUCUCUCUCUCUCUCUCUCUCUCUCUCUCUCUCUCUCUCUCUCUCUCUCUCUCUCCUCUCUCUCUCUCUCUCUGUCCCCCUGCUUCUCUCUCUCUCUCUCUCUCUCUCUCUCUCCACCUGUCCCCCUGCUUCUCUCUCUCUCUUCUCAUAGGUCAUCAAACAGGCUGUUUUACAAAGAUUAAGCCUUGAACGUUUUAAAGAUCUCGCUCUUCUACAGUUGAAGUCGGGAAGUUUACAUACACUUAGGUUGGAGUCAUUAAAACUCAUUUUUCAACCACUCCACAAAUGUCUUGUUAAGAAACGAUAGUUUUGGCAAGUCGGUUAGGACAUCUACUUUGUGCAUGACACAAGUAAUUUUUCCAACAAUUGUUAACACUUAUAAUUCACUGUAUCACAAUUCCAGUGGGUCAGAAGUUUACAUACACUAAGUUGACUGUGUCUUUAAACAGUUUGGAAAAUUCCAGAAAAUGAUGUCAUGGCUUUAGAAGCUUCUGAUAGGCUAAUUGACAUCAUUUGAGUCAAUUGGAGGUGUACCUGUGGAUGUAUUUCAAGGCCUACCUUCAAACUCAGUGCCUCUUUGCUUGACAUCAUGGGAAAAUCAAAAGAAAUCAGCUAAGACCUCAGAAAAGAAAUUGUAGACCUCCACAAGUCUGGUUCAUCCUUGGGAGCAAUUUCCAAACGCCUGAAGGUACCACGUUCAUCUGUACAAACAAUAGUACGCAAGUAUAAACACCAUGGGACCACGCAGCCGUCAUACCGCUCAGGAAGGAGACGCAUUCUGUCUCCUAGAGAUGAACGUACUUUGGUGUGAAAAGUGCAAAUCAAUCCCAGAACAACAGCAAAGGACCUUGUGAAGAUGCUGGAGGAAACAGGUACAAAGGUAUCUAUAUCCACAGUAAAACGAGCCCUAUAUCGACAUAACCUGAAUGGACGCUCAGCAAGGAAGAAGCCACUGCUCCAAAACCGCCAUAAAAAAGCCAGACUACGGUUUGCAACUGCACAUUGGGACAAAGAUCGUACUUUUUGGAGAAAUGUCCUCUGGUCUGAUGAAACAAAAAUAGAACUGUUUGGCCAUAAUGACCAUCGUUAUAUUUGGAGGAAAAAUGGGGUGGCUUGCAAGCCGAAGAACACCAUCCCAACCGUGAAGCACGGGGUGGCAGCAUCAUGCUGUGGGGGUGCUUUGCUGCAGGAGGGACUGGUGCACUUCACAAAAUAGAUGGCAUCAUGAGGAAGGAAAAUUAUGUGGAUAUAUUGAAGCAACAUCUCAAGACAUCAGUCAGGAAGUUAAAGCUUGGUCGCAAAUGGUCUUCCAAAUGGACAAUGACCCCAAGCAUACUUCCAAAGUUGUGGCAAAAUGGCUUAAGGACAACAAAGUCAAGGUAUUGGAGUGGCCAUCACAAAGCCCUGACCUCAAUCCUAUAGAAAAUGUGUGGGCAGAACUGAAAGAGCGUGUGCGAGCAAGGAGGCCUACAAACCUGACUCAGUUACACCAGCUCUGUCAGGAGGAAUGGGCCAAAAUUCACCCAACUUAUUGUGGGAAGCUUGUGGAAGGCUACCCGAAACGUUUGACCCAAGUUAAACAAUUUAAAGGCAAUGCUACCAAAUACUAAUUGAGUGUAGGUAAACUUCUGACCCACUGGGAAUGUGAUGAAAAUAAAUCAUUCUCUCUACUAUUAUUCUGACAUUUCACAUUCUUAAAAUAAAGUGGUGAUCCUAACUGACCUAAGACAGGGCAUUUUUACUAGGAUUAAAUGUCAGGAAUUGUGAAACUGAGUUUAAAUGUAUUUGGCUGAGGCGUAUGUAAACUUCCGACUUCAACUGUAUAUUUCUAUCCCUUACCGCUGCACUCAGACACCUGACACAACUUGACCCACCCACUUCCUGAUUUCUGACUCUCUUCGCUCUGAUUGAUUGGCUGUUGUCCCAGUGAGGGGGAGCCCAGGAGGGUGGAGCCUCUUGACCCCCCUGAGGGGUCGUCACCCGGGGAACGUGUGUUCGUUGAGGGGUACGAGACGGGCAAGCCGGACGACAAACUAAAUCCAAAGAAGAAGACGUGGGAGAAACUACAGGUAUGUCUGAAUGAUGCAUAGUUAGGUCAUAAAACAAGCUGUUUCACAAAGCCCUGUUGUCUCCUAAAAUGAAAGGAAGAUUAAGCCAUGAACGUCUUAAAGAUAAUAUCAAUAAAUUAGUGAAUAUGUCAUUUGUUGACAUCAAAUCAUUUAGAUUUCUGCCCAAGUAGACAUACCCAAAA